AACUGGCUGAGAAAACGGUGGAAAGCCCGUAACGUCAAUGACAAUUCAAUAUAAGCCAUACAACACUACAAGUCAGUUUCAAAAGAUACCUAUACUUAUUGAAAAGCGCCCUGUCUACACAAUAACCGGCUUACGACCAAACACAGAAUACCAUAUACAGUUGAUCGCUGUGAAUGAAAUCGGCCCGAGUGAUCCAAGUGUUCCAGUAAUAAAGAGAACUGGUUUAGGUAGACCAUCUGCUCCCAUAAUCCAAACAGUGGUUUCGUACAGAAGAAAGAUUACUUUGAGCUGGAAACUGGCUGAGAAAAACGGUGGAAAGCCCGUAACGUCAAUGACAAUUCAAUAUAAGCCAUACAACACUACAAGUCAGUUUCAAAAGAUACCUAUACUUAUUGAAAAGCGCCCUGUCUACACAAUAACCGGCUUACGACCAAACACAGAAUACCAUAUACAGUUGAUCGCUGUGAAUGAAAUCGGCCCGAGUGAUCCAAGUGUUCCAGUAAUAAAGAGAACUGGUUUAGCUUCACCUUCAACCGGCAAGGGUAAGGCCAAAGAAACGGAUAGAAUUGUGUUGUAUGCUGGCGUGGCAGGAGGGUUUCUCGUGCUUAUUAUUGCCAUUAUCGUCGUGUGUAUAUUUAUGAGGCAAAUACAACGAAACAGCGCUAAAAAAGCGGCUGAAAAUGCCCAGCGUUUGGUAGGAAAGAGUGAAACUGAUGACACCACGGCAUUGAUAAACUUCUUGCAGAAAGGUGACCGUCUAUCGACUAACACUGGGUCAGGUACUGGGGUUGUUCUUCAUUUGACUACUUCAAAUAAAUGGGAAUUUCCAAGAGAGACUUGUGCUACAAAUGUACUUGGCUCCGGUGCUUUCGGUAUUGUCAUGAAAGCUGAAGCAGAAGGAAUUAGCGGCUAUAACUCUGGUAGCACGCCCGUUGCUGUAAAAUUUGUUAAAGAAAAUGAAAGUGCAUCUUCGAAAAAAGACCUCAUUGCUGAACUGGAGUUGUUGAAGCUGAUUGAACCUCAUAAAAAUGUUAUCAAUUUGAUGGGCUGCUGUACAAAAUCAGAACCGUUGAUGGUCAUUGUCGAAUUUUGUGCCUAUGGUGACCUUCAAAGCUUUCUUCGAGCUAGUCGUGGUGUAAGAGAUCAGUAUUACUUGGAUUGUUAUAAGCGUCCGUCAUCAAGAUUGACUUCGAAUGAGUUGCUCAUGUUUGGUACUCAGAUUGCCAGAGGAAUGGCGCACCUCGCAAAUUUAAAGGUUAUCCACAGAGAUUUGGCGGCAAGAAAUAUAUUGGUUGAUGAAAACAAAAUUUGCAAAGUUUCAGACUUUGGAUUCGCACGAGACAUAUUCGUCGAAGAUCAUUAUACUCGUAAAACAGCGGGUGGACGAUUCCCUAUCAAAUGGAUGGCUAUUGAAUCCUUAUUAGAUGGAAUUUCGACAACAAAGAGCGAUGUAUGGUCUUUUGCUAUCGUGUUAUGGGAAAUCAUUACUCUCGGUGCAUCUCCUUAUCCUGGUAUGAACUCGCAAGAAGUUGUCAGCUUUUUACAGAAUGGAAUGAGAAUGGACAAACCCAAGCAUUGCAGUGACGAAUUGUAUAACCUUUUGAUGGAUUGCUGGCAUAUCGCACCUCAUCGUAGACCAAACUUUGAAAUGCUCGCCCGUUACUUGGACCGAAUGUGUAACGACGAUUUUGAAUACAUCAACAUGAGAACAUACGAUGAUCAUUUAUACAUCAAUUUUGAUGGCAAUACUGUGUCAGAGGGAAGUAAAAGCGGAUCUUUAACAAAGCAAAAUGAUUAUAUAAAGGAUGGUGAGAAUGAGAAAGAGGCUUUAAUGAAAGAUAAUUUGUCAUAAAGUAGUCUUUUAGUUUCAUAAAUCAACUUAUUCGUCGUCGGUAACGAAAAUUAUGCAAAUUUUCUGUUUAAUUACUCCAAUGACGAAACUGAAACUAGGAAUUUAGAUGUCGGCCCCGUGAUCAGGUGUACAAUUAGCGAAGAGAAGUUGUAUCAAGAAACAUUCUACGUUCUGAGGGCCCGAUGAUUUUAAACAAGCACUUCUUAAUUUCUAUUUUAUAAAUUAGCACAACUGCAUUGAUCUUAAGAUAAUUUUAUGUAACCAGUCCACUUACACUGUUUACUUCCACGCGGAAUUGCUUUUAGGAGGUAUGGGUCGGGACGGAAAGGGCAUAUUGUGCACUCUGUUGUUCACAUCAAUUAAUUCAAAUGCCCAUAAGCUUUGGGGUUAGCGCAAAUAUCUCUUGCCAGAAGAUAAGAUUCGAUAUGGCACGUCAUUUUACAAAUAUUAAUACUACCAUUGAAACCACUGUGAAAAUUAUAAGUUUUAAAUGCGUUAUUCAAUUGAUAUGUUCAUCCCCCAACUAUCAGCCAUAGUUAUUUAAUGGAAUUUUUUAGCUUUUAAUGAAUGAAUAUGUUCGGCAUGUA